AUUUGGACGUGAAGAAGUUGAAAGAAGGGACUGAGUGGGCUUCCCUGACCACUCUUCUCCGCCUCCUGUCCCGGUACCUCAGCCCAUCCUCCACCUCCGCUCCACGAUGCGGGCAUCCUGGUGCCCGGGACUGUCGCUCCUGCUCUCCUUUGUUGCAGGUGGUUUUGUUAAAACGGCAGCCAGCUCAAGAAGUCACAGAUCACUAGCAUUUGCAGACCAGCCUGGGAUCUGUCACUAUGGCCCUAAACUGGAAUGUUGCUAUGGAUGGAAAAAGAACAACAAAGGACUCUGUGAAGCUAUCUGUGAUCAUGGGUGCAAGUAUGGCGAAUGUGUAGGGCCAAACAAAUGCAAAUGCUUUCCUGGAUUUACCGGAAAAACUUGUAAUCAAGAUAUGAAUGAAUGUGGACUGAAACCUCGCCCUUGUAAGCACCGAUGUAUGAACACCCAUGGCAGCUACAAGUGUUAUUGUCUCAGUGGCUACAUGCUGAUGCCUGAUGGCACCUGUUCCAAUUCCAGGACAUGUGCCAUGACAAACUGUCAGUAUGGCUGUGAAAAUGUGAAAGAUGAGGUACGAUGUUUGUGUCCAUCAGCCGGGCUACAAUUGGGACCUAAUGGAAGAGCCUGUAUAGAUGUUGAUGAAUGCUCGUCUGAUAAAGUUCUCUGCCCCUAUAAUCGGAGAUGUGUGAACACAUUUGGGAGCUACUACUGCAAAUGCCACAUUGGUUUUGAACUGAAAUACAUCAGUGGGAGAUAUGACUGUGUAGAUAUAAAUGAAUGUUCUACAAAUACCCACAAAUGCAAUAUUCAUGCUGACUGCCUUAAUACCCAAGGUGCUUUUAAGUGCAAAUGUAGACAGGGAUAUAAGGGCAAUGGACUUCAUUGUUCUGCUAUUCCUGAAAAUUCUGUGAAGGAAAUCUUCCGAGCACCUGGAACUAUUAAAGAUACCCUCAAGAAGUUGCUUGCUCAUAAGAACAGUGUUAAGAAGAAUGAAGAAAUAAAGAAUGUGAUCCCAGAACCUGCUGUGACUCCAUCUACCAAGGUUCUCUUGCAGCCAUUUCAUUAUGAAGAUAGCAUUCAGACUGGUAGAGCCUAUGAUGAAAAGUUGAAAGAACAUGAAAAUACCAAGAGAGAAGAAGGAAUGGAGGAAGAGGAAGGUCAGAUUGACCUCAAGAACCAAAUUGAUCCUGAGAAAAGCCUUAGAGGAGAUGUGUUCUUCUCCAAGGUUAAUGAAGCGGUUCCAUUUGAUCUAUUCCCAGUCCAGAGAAAAGUUGUAACUUCAAAUUUAGAACACAAAGAUUUAAAUUCAUCAAUUGACUGCAACUUUGAUCAGGGCAUUUGUGAUUGGAUACAGGAUACAGAUGAUGAUUUUGACUGGAAUCCUGCUGAUAGAGAUAAUGCUGUUGGGUAUUACAUGGUAGUCCCAGCUUUUGUAGGACAUAAGAACGAUGUUGGCCGUUUGAUACUUCUCCUUUCCAACCUUCAACCCCAAAACAGCUCCUGCCUAAUGUUUAAUUAUCGACUUGCUGGAGAAAGAGUGGGGACACUUAGAGUGUUUGUGAAAAGUAAAAACAAUACUCUUGCCUGGGAAGAGACCAGCAGUGAGGAUGGAAGGUGGAGGACUGAGAAAAUUCAACUGCAUCAUGAAAUUGAGACUACCAAGAGUGUAAUUUUUGAAGCAGAACGUGGCAAGGGCAAAACUGGAGAGAUUGGCUUAGACACUGUCUUAUUAGUUUCAGGCAUAUGUCCUGAACUUCUUUAA